GAACCGACUCGGAGCCGAAGGUGGACUUCCGGCUGGACGAGAGCUCGGACGUCCCCAUCCUGGAGGACCGGUCCUCGUCUCCCAUCGACUUCCCUCAGGAGCAGUGGCUGGUGGGCACCGACAUAGAGAACAUAGAGAGAGACAUGCGAGAGAUGCGGAACUUACUCAGCAAACUCAGGGAGACGAUGCCGCUGCCGCUGAAAAAUCAAGACGACAGCAGCUUGUUGAAUCUGACUCCACAUCCGAUGGCCCGACAGAGGAAGAGGCGAUUCCCUGGACUCUGCUGCAUGGUGUCGGGCUGA